GGAAGAGAGGUUACAGGUUCAGUUAGUUCUCUGAAAUCUGAUCUUUUAAAGUUUUAAAGCAACCAAGUAACAAUAUCUCAUGGCAACAUGCUAGAAUCUUGAAGAGUAAUGGAAAGGAUUAUGACAUAUGGGAAAUCCAUGGUGGAAUGUACCCUAUGUGCAGAUGAAGUCAGUUUGCAGCUACUGAAAGUAGGGAGGGACAUAUAAGUUUCUUACUGUAAACAAAAAGAGCCAAAGUAACAGGCUUGGAGAAAUGAAGUUAAAAGGAUUAGAUGUAGCUCCUGAAUAGAAGUGAAAGACCAGCGUGGUUUCACUGAAAUGGCUUCACGGCAGCCUCUCCCUGCAGAUGACUUCGGUAUCUACUAUGUCCUUGCAGAGUGCACAGAUCACUAUGAACCCUUCCCAGCUAACGAGGCUGAUGAGAACCAGCCCCAUUUCCAGGGCGUGACUGGCCUGCGGAACUUGGGCAACACAUGCUACAUGAACGCCAUCUUACAGUGUCUCUGCAGCAUCUCACCGCUGGUGGAAUACUUUCUCUCUGGAAAGUACAUUACCGCUCUUCAAAAGUUCCUUCUUCCAAGGGAUUGCAGUAAGGUUGCUACUGCUUUUGCCUAUGUGAUGACAGACAUGUGGCUUGGAGACUCAGACUGUGUCUCACCAGAAAUACUUCGGUCAGCUCUUGGCAGUCUCUACCCAGCACUUACGAAAAAGACUCAGCAAGAUGCUCAGGAAUUCUUGAUUUACGUCCUGAAUGAACUUCAUGAAGCUCUUAAAAAGUACCACCGAAGAAGAUCGUAUGAGAAAAAAUCUCUUCCAAGAUGCUGCAGGAAGAUGAUUGCCAGUGAGUCCUCCAUCAUCACCCGGCUGUUUGAAGGGCAGCUGAAUUACAGCAUCGUAUGUUUAAAGUGUGAGAACUGCACCUACAAGAAUGAGGUCUUCACCGUCCUCUCCCUCCCCAUUCCAUCCAGAUACGAAUGCUCUCUGCAGGACUGUCUCCAGUUUUUCCAACAAGACACACUGACCUGGAACAACCAAAUCCACUGUUCCCUUUGCGAAACCAAGCAAGAAACAGCUGUGAGGGCCAGUAUUUCUAAAGCACCAAAAAUAAUUGUCUUUCACUUAAAAAGGUUUGACGUUCUGGGUACAAUGAAAAGGAAACUGAGGACAGAUAUUCAUUACCCACUCACUAACUUGGACCUUACUCCUUACAUUUGUCCAAUUUUUCGGAAACAUCCUAAAUAUAACCUCUGUGCAGUGGUGAACCACUUUGGUGAUUUGGAUGGCGGCCACUACACUGCUUUCUGCAAGAAUUCAGUGACCCAGGCCUGGUACAGCUUCGAUGACACACGAGUCAGUGAGAUUCCAGACACUUCAGUUCAAACCGCUACAGCAUAUCUCCUGUUCUAUAGCUGCCAGCCCUUUUCUAUACCGAUACAAAAAUGCAAGAGCUAG